AUGAGCAUCCUGCUGCCCAACAUGGCGGAGUUCGACACCAUCUCGGAACUGGAGGAGGAGGAAGAAGAAGCGGCAACGUCGUCGUCGUCGCCGUCGUCGUCGUCGUCGGUAUCGGGGCCCGACGACGACGAGGAAGAUGAGGAGGACGAGGAAGAAGAGGAGGAUGAGGAAGAAGAAGAAGAGGAGGAGGAAGAGACGCCGCCCCCGCCUCGGGUGGUGAGUGAGGAGCAUCUGCGGAGAUAUGCCCCCGAUCCUGUAUUGGUGCGGGGCGCCGGCCACAUCACUGUGUUUGGCUUGAGCAACAAGUUUGAUACUGAAUUUCCCUCAGUUCUAACAGGGAAGGUGGCCCCAGAAGAAUUUAAGACCAGCAUUGGCCGUGUGAAUGCAUGUUUGAAAAAGGCUCUCCCAGUCAAUGUGAAAUGGCUGCUAUGUGGUUGUCUCUGCUGCUGUUGCACCCUGGGUUGCAGCCUGUGGCCUGUUAUUUGUCUCAACAAAAGAACCAGAAGAUCAAUUCAGAAGUUAUUAGAAUGGGAAAAUAACAGAUUAUAUCACAAGCUUGCUUUGCACUGGAAGUUGACUAAAAGGAAAUGCGAAACUAGCAAUAUGAUGGAGUAUGUAAUACUAAUAGAAUUCUUACCAAAAUAUCCCAUAUUCCGACCUGACUGAGGAAUUUUAUUCAGUCACUUCUGUGUUACUUGUCAUUUCCUACCCUUAGUGCCUUGUAGAUGAUUUUGGAAUGAAGAUGGUCUCCUUUGCUGUGUUCAACUUAUUCUUUAUUUCUUAUUAUUAUUCUUUAGAAUAUUCUCCUUACUCUUUUAUUUGUGUUGGUUUAAGAAGAAAAUUUGCACAUCUUUUUUUUGUUAAAUGAGGCUUGUGUUUUGCACUCUCAAUUUUUAAAUAAAUACACAGAGACGUGUAUGUAUAUAUAUAGUUGCCACUAAAGAUAAAACAUCAGUGCCGGUGUUUAAAAAACAAAAACAAAAUUUUGUUCUGAGCAUGCUGCCUUAUUAUUUUCAUACUCACUGUUUCUAAAUAUGCAUCAUUUUUCUAGGCUACUUAAUGCUCUGUAAUCCCUUCCUGGAUAUAAGUAAAUAAGCUUUUGGUAGCUUUUAGAAAUGGUUUUACUCUUACUUGCUUUUAAAGGACAUGCAAUUAAUAGCACUGGUUUUGUCCUGCACUUUGCUAAAUUAUCACUUAUGUUAGUGGAUAAAAUAUUUAAACUCUUAAAAGACUUGUAAAUAUUGUCUCUUUGCAUAACAUAAAAUGUGAUAUGCCAUGGUUUACAGAAUGUAAUAUUACUCUUACUGUAUUGCCAACAAAUCUGCAUAGAUUUUAAUAUGAAUGAAGUUUGCAAGCAUCCUUUUGAAUGUAUAGACUGUUAACAUGCUAUUUUAUGGCAGAGCCAUAAUGAGUUUGUUAAAAAUUUCAGGUGGA